GCCAACGUCUUGUGUUAUUACAUUCAAGCUUGUGCACUCGUCCUCACGCCAGCCUUUAUCCUCGUCUUACUCGCAAACAUGCUGGUCGCAAAGCACUUCGUGGCUCCCUCUGUGGCCCCCAGGCCCAAGGCUGCCCCGGCUCCCCGGUCCUCCCUCGCUCGCAAGGCUGUGGCCACCCCAGUCCUGGCGGCUACUUUCAAGCCCCCGACCGUGGCUGAGACCAAGGCCAAGUUCCUUUCCGGAUACAACAAGCCCAUAGCCAGCAUCUACAGCACCGUGCUGCAGGAGCUUCUCGUGCAGCAGCACUUCAUGCGUUACAGCAAGAACUACCAGUACAACCCGAUUUUCGCUCUGGGGUUUGUUAGCGUGUAUGAGCAGAUCCUGGAGAGCCUCAGCGCCGAGGAGCGCGGCGCCAUUUUCAAGGCGUACGUGGACGCACUAGGCGAGGAUGCCGACAAGUACAAGCGUGACGCCUCGGCGCUGGAGCAGGCCGCCAACGGCCUGACCCCCGAGUCGCUGACGCCCAACGCUGACGGCAACGAGGUGCAGAAGGCUCUGGCCUCCAUCUCCUCCGCCUCCGCCGCCGGCGCCUUCUCCUACAACAAGUUUGUGGCCAUUGGUCUGUUCCGGCUGCUGGAGCUGUCGGGCGCCAAGGAGCCGUCCGCCCUGGAGAAGCUGGUCAAGGCGGUGGGCGUCAAGCCCGAGGCCGUCAACAGGGACCUGCUCAUGUACAAGGGUGUGCUGUCCAAGCUGGCCGCCGCCAAGGAGCUCAUGCGCGAGUUCGUGGAGCGCGAGAAGCGGAAGCAGGCCGAGCGCGACGCCGCCAAGGCCGCCAAGGCCGCGGGGACCGAGAGCUCGCCCGCGCAGGUGCAGGCGUAAAUGCAGCAGCGCUCGGCUGGAGGGUGGCUGUUGUCGCAAUCUCGGGGGCGAUGUGACCGCUGGCGAGGGCGCGGGGCUGAUACGCGGUACGGUGGCAAGCGGCGGCACCUGCGGCACAUGCAUGUGUGCGUAUGCGGCAGGGCGCCAGCGAAAGCAGCUGGAGCUGCCGCUGCUGCUGCAAUUGGUCCGUGGUGGGGCCGUGCCCGGUCGGGUUCAUCAUUAUUAAUUGUACACAUGUGUUGCGCGUUGGGUAGCGUUUUUGUGCGUCUUACCCCGUCUGUAACCGCGGGGACGCGCAGUGAUGUGCAGGCAGACAGACGCCAAGGGGCAGGGGCUUGGUGCAUGCGGUAUCAGCAACGCAUGCAUUGGGGUGGUAGUAAGGGUAGCAGUGUCGUGCGUGCGCGUGAGUGAGUGUAGUUUUUAUGCAAGUGGCAAUGCAAUGUGGCGCGGCCGUGCAGCCUACCGUGCGCAGUGGCACGGCGGUGGCGGGGCCGAGCGCACGGCGUGUUGCCACAUGUGGUUUGAUAGAGAGGUUGGGCGGAGGCGCUUGAGGCUAUGGUGCUGGCGCAGCAGGUGCCGGCGAGGUGAGUGGAUGGCGAAUCCUUUAUUCGAAUCCAGAGAAGACGACAACACACACCGGAGCCGUUUUUGAGCACAAAAGUUCACAUGAGCAGGCUGUUUGUGCAGUUACUGGUUACGUGCUGAGGCUGACGCAAAGAAUGGGCUGGAGGGUUGCGCGGGAGCUAGGCCCCUGUGCGGUGUCUCGACCUGCGCGCUGAGUGUGCUAAUGUCAGGUUUCUGUUUACCGGUGUUUAUGGUACUGGUGGUGCGUGUGUGUUGUGCAUCGGACCGCGACGAAUGGGAUGUGCCUGAAUGCCCGAAUUUUUUAUUGCAAGGGAUGGCACUCGCGGGAUGGCGCGGGGGUUACGUGCGCACGGAUACGGGUUGACGUCGAAGUUGACGCGGGUUGAAACAUUCCACCGGGAUAACGAUCCGGUGUAAUGGAAUGUAAACUUGUAAGAAUGAUCAUGU